AGCGCUGAGCUGCUGAAUGAGUCUCCACGGCCGCUGUGUGUCUACCUUUCACGCCGCGAAACUGCGUCGCCGUGCGGGGAUCUGUCGGGCGGGGGGAGACUCACGCAAUCGCAUCGCCUGGACCCUCGCUGCAGCAGGACCAUGCUCACGCGGGUGAAAUCGGCGGUGGCCAAUUUUAUGGGAGGUAUGAUGGCUGGUGGCUCCAACGGAGACCAUCCCGGCGGCUCGGAUCUGCCGCUGAAAUUCCCGUACAGUAGACCGGAGUUCCUGGGACUCUCGCCGGACGAGAUCGAGUGCUCGGCGGAUCACAUUGCCAGACCGAUCCUCAUACUGAAGGAGACCAAGCGGCUGCCGUGGUCCACCGGCUACGCAGAAGUGAUCAAUGCAGGAAAGAGCACGUUAAACGAAGACCAGGCCUGCUGUGAAGUGCUGGUGGUCAAAAGGAGACCUGCAGGAAGCUGCACACCCAACCGGACCCCCAUGACCCGCAGGAGGUCCUCCCUGCCGAAUGGAGAGGGCCUGGGCCUCCGGGAGAACCUGGAAAGCUCUGAAGACCUAACCUUUCACUACUGGGCGUUGUUCGAUGGCCACGCCGGCUCUGGGGCGGCUGUAAUGGCUUCCCGCCUUCUCCAUCACCACAUUGCUCUGCACCUUCAGGAGGUGCUGGAGAUCCUCUGCACUCCAAACCUGCUACCCCCCACAUGCCUGGGUGAGGAACCCAUCAAUCACCACCUCACCCCGACGUCGCAACGCGCCCUUACCAGGGCUGCCUCUCUCCGUGGGGCCGCGGGGGCUCCGGGUUCACCCAGCACCCCGCCCACACGCUUCUUUACUGAGAAGAAAGUUUCACACGAGAGCCUGGUGAUCGGAGCCAUCGAGAAUGCCUUCAAAGACAUGGAUGUACAGAUAGAAAAGGAGAAGGCAGUCUACAACAUCUCAGGCGGCUGCACUGCUCUGGUGGUUGUUUAUUUAGGUGGGAAGCUCUACGUUGGGAACGCAGGGGACAGCAGAGCUAUCAUUAUCCGGGCCAGGGAAGUCAUCCCCAUGUCAGCAGAGUUCACGCCAGAGUCAGAGAGACAGCGACUGCAGUUCCUGGCCUACAUGCAGCCCCACUUAUUAGGGAACGAGUUUACACAUCUGGAAUUCCCGAGGAGAGUGCAGAGGAAAGAGGUCGGGAAGAGGAUGCUGUACCGUGACUUCACCAUGUCGGGAUGGGCAUAUAAAACCAUCGAGGAUGAUGACCUAAAGUUUCCCCUGAUCUACGGCGAAGGGAAGAAGGCUCGUGUGUUGGCGACCAUCGGGGUCACGAGAGGUCUCGGGGACCACAAUCUCAAAGUGCACGACUCCAACAUCUACAUCAAGCCCUUCCUGUCCUGCUGCCCAGAGGUCAGAGUUUACCCACUAGCGCAGUGUGAACACGGAGCCGAUGAUGUUCUGGUGCUGGGAACUGACGGUCUGUGGGACGUUCUCUCCAACCAGGAAGUAGCUGAAGCAGUCACCUGUUUCCUGGCAAACUGCGACCCCGAUGAUCAGCACAGGUACACAAUGGCAGCUCAAGACCUCAUCAUGAGAGCACGAGGGGUGCUGAAGGAUCGCGGCUGGAGGAUAUCCAACGACAGAUUAGGCUCCGGAGAUGACAUCUCUGUCUACAUCAUUCCCCUCAUGUACGGCAACAAGCAGAAUUAGCAGAGCGACGUAACUACAACCACCACCACCAAAAUAUAACCCUGCCUUGAACUCCCAACUUCUACAGUUUCCCACGUCCCUUGUGCUCUGUUGUUAAAAGUGCUUUAGUGUGGACUUCCUCAAUUGCUGAGGGAUCCAUGACGUCUCUGGUCAGAGACGGGAUUUCUGACCAGGCUGUUUUCCCCCUUGAUCAUCCGAGGAUGAUCAUAUCCCUUCUUUUUGUCUGGUCCUUUUUUUAACAGAAAAGAAACUACUGCAGAAAACUGAAUCAUGAAAAGUUGAAGUUGAACUACUGAUAUUUCUUACCCCCAAUCUUCUGUGUUUUACUGAGGAAGCCAUCAUGAACUUUGUUGUGAAGCAAUGCAAAAGGUUGAGAGCAUGUUCUCUCAUGGACGAGAUGGUAAUAUGCAUCUCAGGAUUGCUGUUACUAACUAAUGCACAAUAUAUAUAUAUAUAUAAAUGUGAAAAUGUAAAUACUCCCAGGUAUAACAUAUUUGAUAAGUGUGUUUGGUUGAACACGUGUACAGUGUAAAAAAAAAAAA